UUAGAAUUUAUUUGUUUUUGCUAUAUACACAAUAGAAUGCUUGGAGAAUUGAGAGAACUAUUGCCACAAUGAAUCAACUUGGUAUUAACCUUUUGAUUCUCUCAAUUUUCUUCUUCUAUCAUGUUAGAGCUCAAACACAAACUUCAUCUUCACAAGAUGUUGUCUCAAAUUUCCAACCAAGUCUUGUUGUUGUCAUAGGAAUCCUUGGUCUCAUGUUUUCAUUAACAUUUAUUCUUCUUAUUUUUGCCAAAGUGUGUCAUAGGAGACAAUUAAGUCCUCUUAGUGAUGAUCCAAAUAAUCAAUUUCCAACACUCUUGAGAUCAAGGUCAAGAUUUUCAGGAAUUGACAAAACAUCAAUAGAAUCACUUCCAUUUUUCAAAUUCUCUUCUCUUAAAGGUUCAAAAGAAGGUUUGGAAUGUUCAAUAUGUUUGUCAAAAUUUGAAGACAUAGAAAUUUUAAGAUUAUUACCAAAAUGUAAACAUGCUUUUCAUAUUGAUUGUAUUGAUCAUUGGCUUGAAAAACAUUCAAGUUGUCCUAUUUGUAGACACAAAGUCAACAUUGAAGAUCAAACAACCUUUGCAUAUUCAAAUAGUUUAAGGAUGUUGGUAAAUGAAGAAUCAAACAUAGAAAUCUUUGUCCAAAGAGAAGAAGAAAAUCAACAUGGUUCAUCAAGAUUUAGUAUUGGAAGCAGCUUUAGGAAAAUUGGAAAAGGAAAUACUAAAGAAGAAGAAUUGCUUAUACAAAAAGGAACAAAAGAAGAAAGUGACUUAAUUGAAUGUAAUUACACGUGUCAGUGUCAUGUUAACACUGGACACACCAUCAAUCAGAAGUGUCAGUGUUACAAAGCUUAUCACAAACACAAUCAUCAGAUUACUAUGUCUGAUGUUGUGUUUAAGCAUAGAUGGAGCAAUGUUAGUUCUUCCGAUCUUAUGUUUUUGAAUUCAGAGAUGAUUAAUGCUACAUCAAGUAACAGAUUCAACAACAUGGAAACAAAAAUUUCAUUUGAGAGCAAAGUUAGUGGAACUUUUAGUCAUGCUGAAAAAUAUGUGAAUCAUCAUCAUGAUGGUGAGAAAAGAUCAGUGUCAGAAAUCACAACUGUUUCUAGAUUUAGAGAUUUAGAUAUGAAGAAAAGGGUGAUUGAAGAUUCUUCUUUGGUUGAAAAUAAUCUUAGAGAAGAAAGAAUGAGGAAGCUUUGGUUUCCAAUUGUAAGAAGAACAGCUGAAUGGUUUGUGAAUAGAGAAAAAAGGUCUCAACAAUCAUUUGUAGAUGUAUAAUCCAAUCUUCACCUUCCUAAGGUACAUAUUUUUAGGAUUAAGUCCUUGAUCAACAUCUUCAUUUAGAUUUUAGGUGUUUUUUUUCAUCUUUAAAAAGCUUCAAAACUCAGAGAGUGCUUAUGUAUACUCACGUUGAAGUCCUCACACUGGCAUCAAGGUUUAAACUUAAGACCCUUGUAGAAUUUGAGUUGAAUUCUUACCAACUGGACCAACUUACGUUGCGACUUUAUGAUAUGGAGGUCAGAAUUCGAAUCCUGAAAACUAACUAUCCUCCUCAGACAUCACGCGGCUGUAUAGUUGUCGUAGACUAGAGCGCUCUUUUAGUAUAUGGUUAAGGAAAUUAUGUACACAUUUAUUGUUUUUAUUGUAGUUUCUUAAUUUGUUUUUAUUAAUUCUUACCAUCAUUGAAACUUUGUUAGUCUUUGGAUGAUAGAAAAAGAAAAGAACA